AUGGCCGCCGAGAAAUAUAAGAUUACGAAGGAGCUAGCUGAGAAGAUCGUAUGUAAAAGGUUUCAAGAAGAAGUCGUGAUGCCUGACUUCGGGGACAACGAUCAGAUUAGUGUAGAUGAACACAUUAAGAAAGUAAUUUCUCGAUCCUCAGCCGAACAUGUCUACUAACGAAGCCCAGAUCCCUGUGAAGUAGGAAAUCAAUGACAACAUCCCAAUUCAAUCCCCCUGCAUGGCACCUACCUAUGCUUGUAAUGGGCAAAUCCAUCCAUAUACUAGCGUACAGGAUUCAACACCCCUCAACCACGUGAACCAAUCAUCAACUGCCAUUGAAGACCCCCUCUGAAACCCCAACCUGGUCCAAACCCAGCUGACUACGAUAUUGAAAAUUCUAAAAAUCCAGAAUCAAAGCAGAUUACGUUUGCCAGAGCCUGGCGUCUUUUCUGGCGAUCACCUGAAGUACCCAGUAUGGGCAAAAGCAUUUGAAACGCUAAUAGAAAGUCCUGCGAUUAGCUCUGCGGAAAAACCCCAUUAUUUGGAAAAAUAUGUUUCUGGUGAAGCAAAGGCGAUUGUCGAAGGAUUCAUGUUACUGGAUGGCAAUGACACUUAUGAAAGGGCGAAGAAACAGUUGUCAAAACGAUUUGGGAAUUACCUGUUCUACGACUUCAUUACUGAGUUGGACACAAAUCCUUUCUGCCUUCUUUAG